CCUUUAGUGUCGUGAUUGCACGAGAGAGCAAACCAAAGGACAACAUCUCUCCAGAGACUGAAGAAACUCAAAACAUCGGGAUUUUCAACACUAUCACUUAAUGAGCAUCAGUUUUAACGAGAUACAACUGGAAAGAUACGACUUUUGUGACUACACUGAACUUUAACGGAGUUAUCGGUGUUUUUAUUUCCGUUUCGCGGAAAGUUACGGAGCGCCAGUGACCGCUUUAUUUUGUUCUUUUGUGAUUCUUUGCGUACGUACACGUCGUGUAUAAUCUCUUUCUUUUCUCGGCAAGUACGAGAUGUUUUCGCGUGUUUUCGACUGAAACUGAUAAAGACUUGAGUUUUGUCGUGUAAACAUCAGUAUUCCUCAGUAUGUGCUCACUUUCUGCCUCGCAAAAUGACUGAAAACAUUACGAUGAAUGGACAUCUGUCACAGGAGGUCGUUGGAAGUAUAGACGUGUCCUGUUUGUAGGUCACGGUAGGGAUUUAUGAACUGAUUUGUUUGAUUUUGUGGACACGUUAUUUAAGAAAAUGAGUAUUUACAUCUUCCCUGUAACCUGUUUGAUGGCUUGCGUGCUCUCGCUCCAGUACACUGUGGUUGCUGAGCGAGUGUCUCAGGAUUCCCAAUGCGUCUCGUGUGGACUCGGGCAUCGGGAUGAUACGGGCCAAGUGGACACGGACUUUCUGGAAGCGGUUAAACGGCACAUAUUGAACCGACUUCAGAUGAGAGAAAGACCCAAUAUCACGCAUCCCAUUCCUAAAGCUGCCAUGGUUACGGCGCUGCGCAAACUGCACGCGGGUAAAGUUAGGGAGGACGGGAGGGUUGAGAUUCCCAACUUAGACGGACACGCCGCCUACAACAACGACGUGCAAGAAGAAACGUCGGAAAUAAUCAGUUUCGCCGAGUCAGACGAUGCAAAUCCAUCCAAGUCCAACCUCUACUUCCUGAUCUCCAAUGAGGGCAACCAAAACCUCUACGUGUUGCAGGCAAACCUGUGGCUCUACUUCAAGCUGUUGCCAGGUACUCAGGAGAAAGGAACGAGGCGGAAGGUUACGGUGAGAGUGCAUUAUUACGAGCCUGGUGGACAGAGCGUGCACUGGCCCGUGAUGGAGAAACGCGUGGAGUUGAAGCGCAGCGGCUGGCACACCUUUCCUCUGUCUGAGGCUAUAAGGGAACUGUUGGGCAAAGGGGGUCGCCGGCAAGACUUAGACAUCUACUGUGAAGGUUGCGAGGCCGCCAACGUUAUGCCCAUCCUGGUGGACCCGAAUGACCCCUCGCACCGUCCCUUCCUGGUGGUUCGUGCUCAGCAGGCAGACUCUAAGCAUCGUAUCCGUAAGCGUGGCCUUGAAUGUGACGGCACCAAUGGGGGUCUGUGCUGCAGACAGCAGUUUUACAUUGACUUCCGACUCAUUGGCUGGAACGACUGGAUCAUCGCACCGGCAGGGUACUACGGAAACUACUGCGAGGGCAGCUGUCCGGCUUAUAUGGCAGGGGUUCCCGGCUCCGCCUCGUCUUUCCACACCGCAGUGGUAAACCAGUACCGCAUGAGAGGCAUGAGCCCCGGAUCUGUCAACUCUUGUUGCAUACCCACCAAACUCAGCACCAUGUCAAUGCUUUACUUUGACGAUGAAUACAACAUCGUCAAGCGUGACGUGCCUAACAUGAUCGUGGAGGAGUGCGGCUGCGCUUGAGAUGCCUGCUAAAGUCCAUGUCAGGACAUGUUACAAGAGCAGUGACAGUCAUAUUUAUGAUCAUUUUGAACCACAUGCAUAUAGAUUGUGUUAUUAUUUGUGCGCUCACAAAGUACAAUCACACACGUGUGUGUGCAUCAAGCAGUCGAUCAUCAGAUAUGUGACCGGUUGGUACUUUUUCAUGAACAAAAAGGCUUUGGGAUGAUAAGGGAAGGAUAACACCAAAUGGGUUUUUUUUUCUAGUUUGCCAUUUCUAGAUUUAAAUAAAGUGGCUCAACACAAUUCCCUCCGACAGCAAAAAGGAGAGGGACAUUUCACUGAGUACUUAUAAACCGUUCACGCGGUUGUACGAGCACUGACAUUUCAAUGUCCCUCCAACUUCAGAACACCAGCACUUCAACAGCUUCCUUAACACAAAUCAUUCCAGCUGAGGUGGACAUUUCAAAGUCAUUUUCCCAGUCAUUCCCAGAGACAAUCCUAAGAGCAAUGACUUCAGGCGUCUGCGGCAUUGUUACGUGAGGGUUUUACUCAAACUGCGAGCACCUCUGGACAAAAUCGUGUUGUGUGGCAGAUUGCAUAACCGGUUUAAAGCAAACUUCAGUGGCUGACAUGCGCCCGCAGCACGUGCUGCGAAGCGGCUGAUAUUCUGUCCAGCUGGUUUACAGUGAGUAAAGCACUUGCGAAAACUCUCAAAAUGCACAAUUUAAAGCACUUGCAUAUUGCAAAGCCUUCAAAAGGGUACAAAGAGGUGGACCUACCCUUGAUCAUAGUCCUUUUAAUAUAAAGUGCCGCAUGAACUAUGCAAUGUAUAGUAAUCCUGAAUAUUGUUUUUUUAUGUACUGCUUGUCUUUAACUUUUUAUCAAUACUUGAAAUGUGAUCUUUCGCUUGCUUUCCGAAGCGGAUCAUUGUUACGAUGUUUGCACUGAAAAGUUGCGGGACUAGUUAAAAGACAAAAAACUGCCAUUGAAAAUGUUAUUUUUGUAGUAAUAAACCGAUUUUUGUGAAAAUUUAUGAAUUGUACCAAAGAGGCCAAUAUUUUAGCUAUUAUAAAAAGAUGGCAAGGCCAUUCCAAUGUGUGUAUAAAAUAAAUAUUGAUCCUUCUCAAGAGGCCUAAUAAUCAGGGUACAACAUUAUGGAUUUUAUUCGUAGUCUCAUUUUUCUACUAUGUACAGCAACCAAUGGAACACAAUCUCUUCCUGGUCUUUCAUUUGUUCAGUCUACUAUUUAAUAAGAUUUAUUUCCUAGCCAUUUAGAUAAACUGAUGUCAUCUCUGUACAGAUUAUGUAAAAUAUUCUUUCUUAAAUAUUUUGUAACUUGAAAAUAAA